AUGUCACAUGUCGUAAUAUUUACACAAUGUGAGCUUGCACCGUGUCCUAUACAAUGGCGACUACCGUGUCCACUACCUCCUUGGUCUCCGACGUACAAUAUGCAAUUGUCGACACAACAUUAUUUCUAUUCAAGCGAAGGUUAUUAUGAUAAUCAGACAGUUUUCUUUGCAGCACUACAUGGUGUAGUUGGUAUAGAUUGGGCUAACCAUUAUGGUUUGCCAAUGCAUAGAGAAGAUACAUUAGCUCAACAAGCCGCUUACAUUAAAAAUAUGAAUCCAAAAACUCGUGUAUUUGUUUAUCGUCAAUCUGAACUUGCACUUAAUAUCUUUGAUAACGGGGCAAAAGUAAUGUAUGAUACAACAAAGAAGACUGAUUGGUUCGUCCUAUAUCCGAAUGGUACCAUUUAUAAUGAUUCGACCAUCGUCGGUAAUUAUCGUAUGGAUCAAUUCUGUUGGGAUCAUAGAAAUCCAGAAGUACAGGACUAUUUUGUAAAUUAUUAUGUAGGUAGUGCAUUUAAUCAAUCAGUUGUUGACGGAAUUUUCUACGACGAUGAUGGGGGUAUUUGGGAUGAACGAAUUAACCACCCGAAUUAUACCGAAGCGUAUCGGGAAGCUGUUGAUGCAGCCCAACAAGUCUCUUUAAAUCGAGCAUGGGAACUGGGACUAAAAUAUAAAAAACAUGCAUGGCAAGCUUGGUUAAGUCCUAGUAUCCCAUCACGUAAAGAUACACCAGCUGCAUGUGCAAGUAAAAUGAAAACUGCAAUAUCGAUGAAAAAUGUACCAGUUACAUUUCCUGCUAUGUACAAUGGAGCAUGUGAUCAUCCAUGGGAACAAUGCGAAGAUCUUGAACAACAACUAGCUGCAUUUUUAAUUGCGCGUGGUGAUUAUUGGCUAUUCUUUACACCGAAUUCAUGGUGGAAAGAAGGCUUUGAAGCUGAUUACGGCGUACCCUUAGAUGAUGCUUAUGAACUUUUUCCUAACGUCUUUGUAAGACAAUGGAGCAACUGUACUAUUUAUCUAGAUUGUAACAAUUUUCUCUCAGAAAUUAUCUUUCGUUCUUCUACUAAAUCUGUCGAUCGUCGAAAACUAUCAAGUUACUACUUUGUAGCUCUGAAAUAUUUCUAUAGCUUUUAUUAUCGUAUAUGUCGAUUUUGUCGCAUAUUUUCUUUUUAG